AUGCAGCACCCGGACCCCUGGAGGUCUCAGCUUGACAACAUCGUGGACGCAUACCGCCCCAAACAGCUCGACUCCCUGGUGUGGAUCUUCCUGGACUACGUAUCCCUCCACCAGUACCGCCGAGAUCCGGAUCAGGAGAGCCUCUUCCGGCGGACGCUCCGGGACAUGCACAUUUUGUAUGCGCACGAGGCCAUCGAGGUCCAUCGCAUCGAGGAGCUGACCCCGCAGAGAGUGCGAGAUGGAUGCAUGCCAAGCCCUUUUCUGGGAGUUCUAAACCCUUGUUGGGGCCUUCUUGGGCGGAGGCUUCCUUGGGCCUUUCGCUCGCGGAUCCCGGUGUACUGGGAAGCAGAGCAGACGGUCAUGGACGUCCCCAUCUGGGAGCUGAAGCUGAACUUCACCCCUUACGCUGCAAGGGGGUGGUGCCAGGCCGAGAGGCAGUGGGCAGCCCUCCGGGCCUCGUUGAAGGGCGCCUCCGUGCCGCUCCCUCCCGAGAUGUUCCGGUCGCAGAUGCGGCAGCUCAAGUUCACCCACCAGGACGACUCGGAGACCGUCUUCGAGCUGCAGAAGAAGGUCUUCCACCAGAAGGCUUCCUCCACAGCCAACCUCCUGGUCCAAGAUUUGGACGGCGAGGGCCUGGCGGUGUUGCUUGCGGCGCUGCCCUUCUACCACAAAUUGCAGGAGCUGGCCGUGAACGCUGUCCCGGAGCACGCCUGGAAACUGGCGCUGGCCGUGGUGGAGUCUGGCGCCCGGGAGCUUCGAGUCGAGUGCGAGUGCCUGCAAGAUGAGGACGCAGUCGCUUUGGCGGCCGACUUGUCUAAGGAGGGCUGCGCUCAUCUGGAGCGGCUGCACCUGAAGUGCGCCACCAUCGGAGAGCUCGGCAGCCACGCUCUGCAGCAGAUGUCGGUACAUCUGGGAGCCUCGCUCGACCUCGCACUCACCGUACCUGGGCAGGAAGCCGAACCAGGCCAGCCGCGCACGGCGCUGCGCAUCCUGGUCUCCAAACGCAAGCAACCUCAGCGACCUGAUCCGCCAAUGCAGGUACCCGCUCAAUCCGGCCACGCGGACUCGCCUUCUUUCGGAGGAGAAGUGUCAUUUAGUCUGCCAAAGCUUCUGAUCCAUCAGUGGCCACUGCAGCUCUUGCUCAUCUUCAAUUUCAGUGCCCGGAGCCUUCCCGAGAAAAGUGACGACAAAUAA